UUCUAUUAAAUGCAUGCAGCUCAGAAGGGAAAAAAAGGGUAAAUUCAACUGGUAAAGUGCUAUAACGACCUUAAACUUCUUUUACUUUAUGGCAACCAUUUGCAUCUUAUAUCCACAGCCACCACAAAUCAACGAAGGCGGUGACUAUUCCACUUCGAUCGCUCCUUUGAGGGAAAGAGAAUCCCGUAAGAAUCGCAAUCAAGGCAACAUACGCAUUCCACCUUUCCCAUUCGUAUAAUACAAUCAUACAUCAUGGUUGGCCGACCAAGCCAAUCUUAUUCAAGAGAUGAAUCAGAAGAGUUGGAUUCCGAAACAUCUUCCGUCGUUGGUAAUGAUUCAACAAAUAUGACAGAAGCCGGCAACCUAUCCAAUAGACCGCCACCAAAAAAGAGAAAUCGCGCCGCUCUAAGUUGUACUUUGUGCCGUGAACGAAAGGUAAAGUGCGAUCGAGUUAUUCCAUGUCAACAAUGCAUCAAGCGUGGUGAUGCAGACUUUUGUCAUUUGGAUCCUAGCAAGAAAGGUCCUGAUCAAAAGAAGAAAGGUGGUCGCACUUCAAAAGCCAAAGACGAGGUACAACAUGACCAAGUUCCGAUGCAAUACAACCCAUACGGUCCAUCACAAUUUGAACAAUUUUCAUCAACCCUCAGUAGCAUGGCACCACCUCAACAACAGAAAGCAAACUCGACAGCAUCUCCUGCAAGUUCGUCCGCAAGUGAAGUGGAUGCAAUCAAAGCACGCUUGGCACAACUAGAACAAGUAUUAGCACAAAGACAAUCUCAAGAUAUCAGUCCAGGAUUCGGCAGUGCUCAGGCGCUUUCCGAUGCCGCUUCUAUUCCCGGUUUGAGCCCAAGAUAUCCAUGGCAACCAUCAUUGAACGGUAGCAGCAAUGCAUCUGGCUCAUUUGUUACAAGUCCAAUGAAUCAAAUCGCAGCAGGUAAUUCGCCUUCUAAUCCGAUCAAUCAUCGUUCCAAUUCCGCCUCUUCACCUUCUCGAACUGGAUUUGCUGCCGUUUUCGCUCAACAGCAACAACAGCAAGGAGGUGUUCCCGGCAUGAGCAAUAGCCCUAGCAGUGGAAGUCUUCAGAUGGUCUCCCCAUCGACAGGCUCAGCAGAAAGACCAUCCUCUCAUCGUUCUGGCAGCGGCAAGAGCACAUCCAAGUUGAACAGCAAACCACGCAAGACAGACAAUAUCCCUUCGACCGACUCUAAUCCGGCCUCGGGCCCUAGAGGUGAAGUGGACUCUGACACAGAAGAUGCAGCCUUGGUUCUAGAGGGCUUGGCGAUGGGAAGAGCAGGAGAAUGCGGAGAAAAGAAGACUUUGAAGCCCGAAAGAGCUGCAUUGGAAAUCAUUGAAAAGGACCCGGUGAAAAGCAUUCAAGGUUUCGUGGAAGAAGAUCGUGCCGAGGAUAUCAUGACAGAAGGCAAAUACAGUUUCGAAAAGAAGAAAACGAGUGCCGACAAGGACGGAUGUGGAAUUAGUGCAAAGUGUGACUAUGAUGAUAAGGAUGGAGAAGCAGCAACCGUUCUACGAGAAUUCUUACGAAAGAACCCUGAUGCCGUCUUUGGACCGGAUGGACAACGUCUGUCGCCUGCUAAACGUGUUUGCGUUUUGCUCAGCCGACAUGAGUCUUUAUUCAACCUUGUUUGGGGUCCAGAAACAUUCUUAGGAUGGGGUAUGGGUUGGGCUUUCCCCGCCGCUGAAGCUGCAGGUGAUAUGAUGAACGUUUCCGAAGUUGUUGGAUGCAAAGGAGCAUUGCAAAGGGAAGCUGUCUUGCGAGCCAUCAUUCGUAGCUUGCCUGAACGAGAGGUAGCCAUGCAUCUUGUUGACGUUUUCGAUAGCCGAGUAAAAUUCUUGGCUGGAAAUUGUUUCCACGUUCCAACGUUCAAGAAAGAUAUGUCUGCAUUCUAUGAUCUUGCCACGGUCGAAAAGCGUGCAAGAGUGAUCAACUUUGUCGAUCCCGGUUGGCUUUCAUUGAUGUUGAUGAUCUUUGUUCUGGCCCUUCACUUCCAUCCUUGCGAACGUCCAGAGCUUGUACAACAUCUCUUCGAUGGUCGAACAAUCCAUCUUUGGCGUUCAGCUGCCCAAACUAGUCUGGUGCUCGCAAGAUAUCAAUCCUCUUCCUCAAUGGCUGUCUUGCAAACGAUUAUCCUGAUCAACCUACUCUCAAUGGGUCAAGGCAAAGAGAACUUCAGUCUUACCCACACUGCAAUCAGCAAUGCUCUCGAAAUGGGCCUGCAUCGCUUGGGAGACAAGGACAAGCAAGCAAAAGCAGGUGAAUGCCCAGCCACUUCAAUCCGUAGAGAGAUGGCAAAGCGUAUUUGGCAUCAAUUGACAUUUACUGAUUGGUGUUCUGCAACGAUACAUGCUGGUUCUUAUCGUAUCCAUCCUCAUCAGUUCAAUACACCUUUGCCCGGCAAUUACAACGAUGAAGAUCUUUGUCAAUGUCCUCAACCGGCUCCACGACCAGACACAGAACAUACAGAUAUGUCGUAUUCCCUGGCAAUGCUCAAAUUGGCCGAUAUCUCCCGUCAAAAUGUUGACAUGAUUCAUUCUUCAGAAGGUAAACGGAUCGCAUGCUCUGAUAUGGCAUACCUCGAUACAUCUUACCGUGGUUUGUUGGAACAAGCACCGUCGUUCUACAAGAUUGGAUCAGAUGAAGGAGCAGGCGCGAACAUUGAAGUGGAAAGAUGGCUAUUCCAACAAAGUGUUUUCCACAAGCUUUUACGAUUACACAGACCACAACUAAGCAGUCGUACCAGUGCAAGAACAAGCUGUGUGCUAUUAGCACGUAGCAUUUUGGACAUGCAACGUCGUAUUCGUAGCAGGUGUAGUGUUGUUGAUCGAUUGUUCGUCAAUCUUGCUCAAUCAUUCUCAGCAGCAAUUGUUCUUUGUUUAGACUUAUUGCAAACACGUCCAAGUGCAACCAUGCGUUCAAUCGUUCGUGGUGAAAUUUUCGAAGCUCUCAAAGCAUUACGACAUGUUGGAGCAAGUCAUCAUACGACCGAGAAUAGCAUUCGUGUGAUUGAAGCCUUGCUUGAAGAAGAAGAAUGUAGAUGGAAUAGCCCUCAAAGUGCAGCAGCAGCCAAUGAACAAGGCUCUGGCAAGAGACGACGAGGAGAAAAUUCGUCUGGCCGUGGUGAACGUCGCAAGGACAUGCUUAACCUCGCUCUACGUGUCGCCAAAGCUGCACAUGGUGAUGGAGUGCAUAGUGGAAGUGAAGAUGUUGAUAUGGCAGAUGGCGAUCAUAGUUCAGCAACAGAUUCGCACGAUGAGCCUACGAAUGACCAAGCCAUGGCACAAAGGAUCAAAGAUCAACAAUCAAGACAAAUGUUUGAUCAAUUAUUGGCUGGCCGUCCAACGUUUGCAGAGCCAAGCUCGUUCUCCAGUGCACCUUUCCAAACAAAUGUGUUUGAUCAACCACGCGGAACAGUUGCUCCUAAUGGCUUAGACUUUGGAUUUGGUUGGACACCACCAAAUGCUGAAAAUGGACAAAUGUUUGACCUGACGAAAUUCUUGGCUGAAGCUGAGACAAACAGCAGUCCGGGCAAUGGCGAUAAUGCUAACAGCAGUGCAGCUAGCGAUAGCGGACAUAGUUCUUUGCAUGGAGGCAGAGCUAAUUCAACGUCUAGUGGUCAUUUGAGUCACAGCAGUAGCUUCAGCAACGGACCUAAAGCAUUUACAGGCUCAGCAACUCAACAUAAUGGUGCUUCCAACAACACUGCUUCCAGUGGGGGAGAUCCAACCCAUUCGCCAGUAGAUACUUUCUCAUUUGGCGAUGGCGUGAGCGGACCUGUGAUCUCUCCAAGUGCAUUUGAGAGACCAUCAACGAAUCUUGAUGGAUUUUGGAAUUGGGUUCUUGCCCAAGGAUCGUCAGGAUUUGCCACGACGAACAGUGAUAAUGUACAACAAGCACCUUUGGGUGGUGGCGGUGCGGUUGCAAAUGGUCUACAGCAAACGUUACAAAAUACAAAACAAAAUGAUCCUGUCACAACUUCUGCACCGCCAACCAGCGUUCAACAAGCGCAGUUUGCCAAUGCAUUAGCACAGAAUAUCAAUGGAGGUAUGGGUGCAAAUCCGGUCAGUAGUGCUACCAUUGAUGCCAACCUGCCCGCUGCUGCUCCGCAACAAUCUAGCAAUCCUUUCGCUGCUGGAUCUUCCGUAAAGACACCGUCAACGGGCGUGAAUGCAAGUGGAAGUGAAUUACCAUUUUAUUCUGUUGGUACACCAAGUGCAGGAAUGGGUAAUUCAUGGAUGAGUACACCUGGUCUGUUUGAUUUCGCUUAUGAAUUCGGCGGUGAAGGUCAAUCAUCUAGUCAGCAAAACAAUACAAGUGCAGCCACCAACACUUUCGCAUGAUAAUGCAUUAUUUCUUUAUUUAUCUUUCUUUCUUUUCUGCGUCAACCUAUCCUCCUUUUGUAUUCGUAUUAUACCGUCUCUUUUUUACCUCUACUUCGUCUCUUCUCGU